UUACAAGCUUAAUUUUCAAUAGAGAAUUCAAAGAUGGUUGAGGAGAAUUACACCCUGUCACAGGAAUUUAUUCUCACAGGAUUCACCAAUCACCAAGAGAUGAAGAUCAUCUUAUUUAUGUUAUUCCUUAUAAUAUAUCUGAUAACCAUUGUGGGAAAUCUUGGACUGGUAGCAUUAAUUUCAAUUGAAUCUCUGCUUCAUAAUCCUAUGUAUUUCUUCCUUGGUAACUUGGCCCUGAUGGAUGCUUGCUGUUCCUGUGCUAUCACCCCCAAAAUGUUAGUGAACUUCUUCUCCAAGGAUAGAAUUAUUUCUCUCUAUGAAUGCAUGGCACAAUUGUAUUUUCUUUGUCUCGCUGAAACUUCAGACUGCCUCCUCUUAGCAGCCAUGGCCUAUGACCGCUAUGUGGCCAUAUGUAACCCUCUGCAUUAUCCCAUCAUGAUGUCAAAGAGACUCUGCAUUCAGAUGAUCAUUGGGGCAUAUGCAAUUGGCAACUUGACUUCUAUCAUUCAUGUUGGCUUUCUAUUCAGAUUAACUUUCUGUAGGUCCCACCAAAUUAACCAUUUCUUUUGUGACAUUGUUCCAUUAUACCGACUCUCUUGUACUGAUCCUUACAUCAACCAGUGGAUAAUGUUUAUCUUUUCAGGUUGUAUAGUUGUCUUCACUGUAACCACUGUCCUAGUCUCUUAUCUUUACAUCCUCUCCAGUAUCCUUAAAAUGAAAUCAAAGGAGGGACGAGGCAAAGCCUUUUCCACCUGUGCUUCCCAUUUUGUGUCUGUCUCAAUAUUCUACGGUUCUAUUUUCUUCAUGUACAUUCAGCCAGGUUCACUUGAACAAGGGGAUAAAGAUAUUCCAGUAGCUAUUUUUUACACAAUAGUAAUUCCUUUUUUAAAUCCUUUUAUUUAUAGUUUGAGAAACAAGGAAGUAAUUCGGGCCCUGAGAAAGACAGUGAAGUAUCUUGGGAUACUUUGA